CCUCUGACUCCUUAGCCCAGGUUCUUUUCGGUAGCCCACCCAAGGGGUUGUGGAUGGAGUGAGGAAAACAAAUGGAUGCUCUUCACCAAUGCUGAUCAGGCCGGACCCUGGUUGUUCAUCUCCAGGAGGGAGUCUGAUGAUUCCAUGGCUAAGAGAAGUCCCUAGGUGGUACUGCAUAGAGACGGGAAGGUGUGAGUGAGUUGUGGGAUCCCCGAGACCCAACCCCAUCAUAGAUCAGCAGAACAAAUCCACCGUGACAGAGUUCAUCCUCCUUCGUCUGCCCAACUGUCCAGAGUUGCAGCCAGUCGUCUUUACUCUGAUCCUCACCAUGUACCUGGUCAACCUGGCUGGAAACAGUUUGAUCAUCAUGGUCACCUGGACCGACCCCAAGCUGCAGACCCCCAUGUACUUCCUGCUCAGCCAGCUCUCCUGCGUGGACAUGGCCUUUGCCUCCAACACUAUCCCACAGUUCCUGGUCCACACGUUCUUCAAGCAUAAUGCCAUCCCUUAUGACAGCUGCUUUGUCCAGAUGACCUUUUCCCUGGCUGCGGGCAACAUGGAGGGCUACGUACUGGCUACCAUGGCCUAUAACCGCUAUAUGGCCAUUUGCAGGCCCCUGCACUAUGUGGCAGUCAUGACCCAGUUGCUCUGCGUGUGCAUAGUGGCUGGGUCCUGGGUCCUGGUGACCCUCCUCGGUUCCCCGCAUGCCAUCCAGUUGUCCCUGGCAUCCUACUGCAACAAUUGCAACCUGCUCGUCUUCUGCGAUAUCCCCUUCCUGGUGUCAAUUGACUGCCCCAAGCCCUUUCUCAACGACCUGGUGCUUUUCACGGAGGGCAUCAGCGUGAUCAUCUCCCCUUUACUCUUCAUCUUGGCCUCCUUUGCCUGCAUCAGGGCUGCCGUGCUAAGCCUGCGCUUAGCUGCCAGGCUACGCAAGACCAUGUCCACCUGUGGCUCUCACGUGCUAGUGGUGAUGCUGUUCUUUGGCAAGGUGAUCCACCUGUGCUUCCAGCCCCCCCGGCCACUCCAGCCUGGAACAGGACCGUCACAUUGCCAUCUUCUACACGGUGGCAUUGCCCGUGCUGUACUGGCUCAUCUACAGCCUGUGGAAUCGCAAUAUCCAGGAAGCUAUGCACAGGCUUAUGAGAAAGGGCCUUCAGGGGCCCAGAUAAUGGAUGAAACCCUCAUCAGGCCCACUCCCCCUUCUCCCAAUCCACCGUGUCCUCCGACCACUUGAGCCCCAUGUUCAUGGCAAGGCAGAACACCAGAGUUGGUAUAGAGCCCCUGGUUGGUCAGACACAAUGGUCUGACCCUCUUUGGCUAAUCUCGAUCCUCGAAUAGAGGGAAUCCACAGUUUGGAGGAAACAUGGCGAAUUUCUGGCCAUUCUUUGGGGGUCUGAUCCCUGUCUCCACAGGGAUCCGACUUCCACAAACUGCCUUGGCAGGGACAGUUGGGAAGGGUGCAAGCGCCUAAACUGAGUCUUUGGGGCAGGAUGUAAACCCAAGAAG